CCCCCUGGUGAAGUGGAAGAGGCACUGUGCUCCUUCACCACACCCAAGGACUUGAGAGAGACGCUGGGAAAAUCGGUCUCUGCUCCGUCGCACAAUGCAAUAAAUCACUUUGCCCUGCGUUCCCGGUAGAUUUUGUACCUCAUCUCUCCCAGGAUGGCAGCGAACAAGCCCAAAGGCCAGAAUUCCCUGGCUUUGCAUAAAGUGAUCAUGGUUGGCAGUGGCGGUGUGGGAAAGUCAGCACUGACUCUGCAGUUCAUGUAUGAUGAGUUUGUAGAGGAUUAUGAGCCCACCAAAGCAGACAGCUACAGGAAGAAGGUGGUACUGGAUGGGGAGGAAGUGCAGAUUGACAUCCUGGACACUGCUGGACAAGAGGACUACGCCGCCAUCCGGGACAAUUAUUUCCGGAGCGGGGAGGGCUUCCUCUGCGUCUUCUCCAUCACGGAGCUCGAGUCGUUUGCGGCCACGGCAGACUUCAGGGAGCAGAUCUUGAGAGUGAAGGAGGACGAGAACGUGCCGUUUCUCCUGGUGGGAAACAAGUCGGACUUGGAGGACAAGAGGCAGGUGUCUGUGGAGGAGGCGAAGUCGCGGGCCGAGCAGUGGAGUGUCAACUAUGUGGAAACGUCUGCAAAAACACGUGCCAAUGUGGACAAGGUGUUCUUCGAUCUAAUGAGAGAGAUCCGCGCACGGAAAAUGGAAGACAGCAAGGAAAAGAAUGGAAAGAAGAAGAGAAAAAGCCUCGCUAAGAGAAUCAGAGAGCGAUGCUGCAUUUUAUAAUGGCCAGAGCUGAAGACCUCUCUAAUAUAGUUUUUAUGGUUUUUUUUGUCCUUUCUGCCUCUUGAGCAGUCGGUUUGUUUGCGUGCCUGGUAGCAGAUGUGAGAUACGAAAUAUCAGAUGGAUAUUUCUUUUGUGUGUGGGGGGGGGAGGGGAACACCACUUUAAAAACGUAAAUUAAGGACAGUACUUGUGAACUCGGAGCUCCUCAGGAGGCAAAUGUAUUUUGAUCUAAAAAAAUUUUCGUGAGGUGCCAGGAAAACAAGCACAGUGAGCAUUUUUAUCAUGAAUUCUGUUUGGUCAAGAUCUUCAUGUCCUUUGGCUUACAAGCAAACCAAUGUCUUUCAUAUUCAUGGAGGUAUAGGGGGCCGCAGGCUUCACGUCUAUAUCCCACUGAUGUCUGCUUUUAACAUCAGAUGCCUUGACAUUAAAUAUGAAUGUGAAAAAGCAUCAUACCACAGAACUCCUCCUAGCAGUCUCCUUGUAUGCAAUGCGGAGCGUGUAAGUCAGAUACUGCCUUUUUGUCUGUUUUCUCACAUUUAACUUACUGUGUAAAGAGAAACUGAAUUAGUAACAAAAAAAAGGCUUUGAAAAACUUGGACAUACUCAAAUAUUUCUAUGCCUUAAGUAAGAAAAUCCUACAACCCUGCAGGUUGCAACAUUGAUGGUGUGAAGUGAGAUUCUUCAUUUUAGUAUUUUAGCAUAUGAUCCUGUUAAGUAGUUUGAAAGAUGUUUGUUUGAACUUUCAAUGUGUGCCAUAGGCCUGGAGACCUUGGGGUUGGCCUGUAUUGUUAUUCUCAGAAGGUCAUGUUUACAGUUUACUGACUUCACAAGUAUAUUCUUAACUUAAGAUGCAAUGCUCAGAAACCUGUAGGAUACUAAACCUACUGGGUGGAACCAUAGACAUUUUGAAAGCUGUCUUCUGCACAGGUCAGAUGUUGAGAUUGACUGUUUCCAGACUGAUGAUUCCAGAUAUUAAUGAUAAAGCAAUUAAGAAGAUGUCAUUACAGUAUAAUCCCAUUUCCAGAUUAUUUUUAAAUGUUAGAUUUUUAAACAUUUCCCUUGUCUACUUAAACACGUACAACACCUUCUGAAAUAUAUCUCUAAUAAGCCUUCAUGACUAAAAACAAUAUUUUAUAACAAUUUAGUUAUGAUGUUUUGUGAAUAUAUAAGUUGGCUUUGAAGUUUCUUUUGCUGUUAAUUGAAUUUUUAAAAAUGUUUUUGUCACCAGAAUUAAUCUUUGAAAGAUUCACUCCUCACACACUGGAAAGUGUUGCUAAAAAUAGAUUCUGACGAAAAUCUAUAACCAGUGCUUUGAGAUUGACUGGUUAGUAAUGACACUGACUGCAACUGAGUUUUUUUCAAAGAAAUAUAUUGGAGUGAACCUGUGAAAGCCCAGUGACACCUUUACCAUGCAUUUACAAUCCAAUUUAUUGACUAAAUUAACUUGCUAUUGUAAAGUAUAUACUCAGAGAAUACAGAAAUAGUUUAUGGCAUUGCUUGAAAUUUCCUAACAAAAUCAAGGGAUGUUUUAAAACACUAUUCCAGUUGCAAAUAUUAUGAAGCUGAACAGAACAACGCUACGUUUUUCCCCAUGUGACAUUAUACUAAUCAAAAUCAAUCUAAUUUAUUUAUGUAAUUUCUGUUUAGUACUGUUUGGUUUGUAUGAUUUUAAUUGGCUCAAAAUCUUUGCUUCAGAAUUCUUUCAAGUUAAUCAGGAAUCCAUUAUAGAACACUAAUGUAGUACUUGAAGUCUUUUAAGAAAUAACACCCACUUGGACUGUAAGUCGUUCAGUUGUACAUUUAAAAGAAAACUUAAACUAAACGACAUUGUCUCCCAUUUUCUGCCCUGCAGCCAAAAAUUUGUGACAUGCUUUAAAAAAUGCUUUGUCUGAAAUGUAAGUGAACUAUAACUCAGGUCUGAACUAAGUGGUCCGAAUGUCUUCUCUGCAGUUGAGUGUGAAUGAGAAUGAGUCCACACCUGCAUGGGCAUAAAAGAGGAAAAGGCAUCCAGAUCUCAUUUGUUUUCUAUCGCUGGUUCUCACUUUAAGUGUUUUAUUGAACGGAGCUGUUACCCAAAACAUUGGUCCUACCCUUGGAAUGGGCAUGAUUCCCAUUCAUUUAUUUGAUUUCUAAACAAUUUAAAUCCGCCCUUUAUUAUUGUGCAGGUCUUUGAGAAUUAUGGUGUAUUUGAGUAAAAUCAAAACUACGUAUUAAUUUUUUAAAUACAGCACCAAUAGGGUUCAAUGAAACAAAAAGCACUUUAAUGCAGACUGACAAGGGUUUCUUCCUUCUAGGCUUCCAAGUCCAGUCUACUACAGAAGGCUGACGGGAAAUCUUUAUUUUUAAGUAAUCCCUUGCCCCGUGUUCCCGCCACAGAUAAGUAGAGCCAAGGACUGUCUGAUAUUCAAUGAAAACUCUUCAGAAACUGAAAGCUUUGGGUAACUUGAAUUACAGUUAGACUCUCCCUUGUAUUGAUUCACCUGUCUGGGCAUUAUAUUAUUGCCUUGAAUGCUUAGACGUUCUAGCUUUUUUGUUAUCUCGAAUUAUGCAUCUGUUACGGAAAACAAAAAAACUUUUUUUUUUUGCUAAUUCGCGAAUGCUACUUUCUAAAUCUAGUGGCUUCUGUGUGAGACGAUUUGAAAGGAAUAGGCUAGGAGCUUCAGUUACAUCGGAACUGGCAGCUGUUAUUUCUUUAUUACAUUUAGACUACAAAGCCUUGGUGGGGAUGUUCUAGGGUUUGAAAAAAAGAACACUUCUAUCAAAGCAGUUGCAAAGACCGAGCUUCACAUUUGCCCGACAUAGGACUUUGAGAGCCUAUGGCCUGUGCUGAAUUUGUUUUGGGCAGUGCAGAGCUGUUCAAGAACACUUAUGGAGAUUUGUCUGAGGUUUCCUACCUUUACCGAAUUGCUUGCUGCAGCAGAAUCAUUUCAAAAGGAAAAAAGAAAAAGUUAGGAGGCUCCAGAAAUACUCAAUGCGUGUAUAUCUCUGUGGCAGUUCGUACUUAAACAGGUGUAUAUGUGCGCACGUCGAUAAAGUGAUGCAUAAUUUCUGCUCAAAGUCUGAGGAAAUUGAGUUUUUUUUUUCCCCAUUUGUAUAUUAUUUCUCUUUUUUUUGUAUACUCAGCUGUCAACCUGAGCUGUCAGAUGAAUUUCCCUUUUGGCCGGUCCCUCUCUCUCUUUAGGUGUUGUGUAGACGCUUUGUUGUAUAGCUACAGGUUUUUAAUGAGUCCUGUUUAAUCAGGGAUCCUAAAACCACUCAUCUGGCGACUUGCUCUUGACGUGUAAAGUGGGUACCGAGGUGCAAUGACGCUAACUCGAUGUGAUCGCCACCCGUCUGAGGCCGACGCCCUUUAACCCGCGCCUUUGAACUGCUGUACUUUGAGCCAUUUGUGAGGAGAAAAAAAAGAAAAGAAACUGAAAUAAAAAUAAACUACCCUUUUUUAGAGCUUG